AAUGUUAGUAUUGUGAAAUAUUUCUAAAAAGAACUGUGUUGAUGCGUGUGUGGCGCGCCGCAGAUGGGCGACGCGAAGGGCGGCGGCGGGCGGCGGGCGCCGCGGCGGCGGUGGCUGAUGCUGGCGCUGUUCGCCGCCACCUCCGCCGCCAACGCCGCCCACUGGCUGCAGUUCGCCAUCAUCGCCGGCGUGGCGCAGCGCUUCUACGGCGUGGGCCCCGCCGCCAUCAACUGGACCUCCAUGGUCUUCAUGGCCGCCUACGUGCCGCUCGUCUUCCCGGCCUCCUGGAUCACCGACAAGAAGGGGCUGCGGGUGGCGGUGGCGCUGGGCGCGGGGCUGACGGCGCUGGGCGGCUGGCUCAAAGCCCUGGGCUCGUGGCCCGACCGCUUCGCCGUGGCGUUCGCCGGCCAGGCGCUGGUGGGCGCGGCGCAGAUGUUCACGCUGGGGGCGCCGGCGCGGCUGGCGGCGCUGUGGUUCCCGCCCGGCCAGGUGGCCACCGCCUGCGCCCUCGGCGUCUUCGGCAACCAGGUGGGCAUCGCGGUGGGGUUCGUGGUGCCGCCGGCGGUGGUGAGCGCGGAGGGGGGCCCGGAGGACGUCACCCGGGAGCUGCUCUGGCUGCACGUGGCGCUGGCGGCCGCGCCCACGCUGCUCUUCCUGCUCAUCCUCUUCCUGUUCGAGGCCGCGCCGCCGUCCGCGCCUGCCCCGGAGGUGGAGGGCGGCCUGGGCCCCGAGCAGCUGCCGUUGCGCCCGCCCGCGCCCCUCAAGGAGCCCCCGCCCGCCGCCAACGGUGCGCCACACACCCACACACACUCACACACACACUCGCACACACGCACACACACACGCACACACGCACACCCACACCCACACACAUACACACAC